UCCAAUAGGAUCUAGCCAGCUGCUAGCGGAGGUUACCCUGAGUGUUUUAACAGGGAAUAUUUACAGCCUAAUAGUUCGGAAGAGAUGAUUGCACUGAUUUUCUUCUCUGCCCUGCUGUGGGACAAGGCUCAAGCAUGGGGAUUCAAGGACGGAGUGCUGCAUAACUCGAUCUGGCUAGAACGAGCGGCUGGAGUGUACCACCGGGAGUCACGCUCCGGCAAGUACCAGCUCACCUACGCGGAAGCAAAAGCAGUCUGCGAGUACGAAGGAGGACACCUGGCCACGUAUCAGCAGCUGGAGGCAGCCAGGAAAAUAGGUUUCCACGUGUGUGCUGCUGGCUGGAUGGCAAAGGGCAGGGUCGGUUAUCCCAUAGUGAAAGCUGGAGCCAACUGCGGCUUUGGAAGAACCGGCAUCGUCGACUACGGGAUUCGCCUCAACCGGAGCGAGAGAUGGGAUGCCUACUGCUACAACCCUAACGGAAAAGAAUGUGGUGGAGUCUUCACAGAUUCAAAACAUGUUUUUAAGUCACCAGGCUACCCAAACGAGUAUGAAAAUGAGCAAAUUUGUUAUUGGCAUAUCAGAGUGAAGUAUGGACAGCGGAUUCAUCUACAGUUUCUGGAGUUUGAUGUUGAAGAUGACACUGCUUGUAUGGCUGAUUUCUUGGAAAUCUAUGAUAGCUAUGAUGACAUCAACGGCUUUGUGGGCAGGUUUUGCGGAGAUGAGUUGCCAGAUGAUAUCAUUAGCACAGGCAAUGUGAUGACUUUGAAGUUUCUGUCAGACUCCUCAGUGACUGCUGGUGGUUUUCAAAUUAGGUAUGUUGCUGUAGACAUGCCUUCAAAGUCAGGUGAUGGAAAGAACACAACUUCCCAAGGAAAAGCAAACUUCUUACCUGGAAAGUUUGGUAUCAUGUAAGCAAAGUAACAUGAUAUGCUCACUGGGAAACGUGUUGUAGAACCCAAUUCAGACAUCUGUUUCUUCAGAUAAGACAGACAUACGGUCAUUUCCUUCAUAUCUUUCUGACUUUUUAUUUUCUGUUUUAUAUAAGUGAUGUUAAUAAAGUAUUCUAGGAAAUAAAUUAUAAAAUGUAAUUACAUGAAUACUGGAAGACUAUUUUUAGAUUUCUAGACCUGUAAAAAAAUGAAGAAAUCACUGUUACCAAAGACUUUAAAGCUAUUUUUGUAUAUAAACUGUACCUUUUCCUUAUUUCUUGCACCAUUUGAACAAGCUUAUUGUGACCAAUGUUUCAAUUAUUUUUAAACCUAAUUUGCUGUUCUCUCCUUAUUUCCUUGGUUUCCACAUAUUUAUUUUUUUGAUUGUUGCUUUCUUUCUUCCUGUUCUCUACACUAUUUUUUUUAAAUUAACUAAUUUCCCUGAGCUCAAAAGGCCUUUGGAGUCCACUUAUUCUGAAGAUGCUUAAAUUCACCCUGCGGAUGGCCUAGUGGCCACCCAUGUUACUGUCUGAAGUCAGGAGGCUGUGAAGCAGCAUGGAAAGCAAAGGAUCCAUGACAUUAUCAGUGUAAUUUUGCUGUGAGAUGAAUCAGAAAGUACUCCAGAAAUUUUGUCAGCGUCUCCUCACGUGGAGAAGAGAUGUUCAUGUCUGAUUUCACUUCGCAAAGAACCAAAUGAGAGACUUGGUAACGAUGAUAAAACUGGCGAGAUGAAGCAUCAAAAGAAACUGCCGGCAACCAGCAAAUCCAUUCUGAAGACACUGUUGAGAUGCUGUAUGUUGUUUACACGGGUUUUGAGACUGUACUGUUGCGAACUGAUAAACGCGAACCAUUUUCUGUGCGUUCUCAACUUGGGUUUAAAUUCCUCAGCCUGAAGCAGCAUUAAAGCUACCUCUGUUUUAACCUCGUCA